GGAAUUUGGAAGAGACGACGUUUGGGAGCCUUUGCUGAGCCCAGGGAGAGAGGCGUCCCCCACCGUGCCGCUGCAGCUCGGGCAGAGCCGCCAAGCUUUGGUUCUCUAGGGUGUGUACCCAGGAGUGGAUCUGCUGUAUCAUAUGGUCACUCUAUUCAACCUUUCGAGAAACCACCAAAUUGUUUCUUCAGGAAAUGCACCAUCUGACAUCCCCAUUUUAUGAGGAUCCCCACGUCUCUGUCAUCUCACCAACAGUUGUGCUGAGGAACCUCUAAUCAUCUCCCAUGGAUUUGUGAUCAGCGUUGCAGCUCUCCCAGCAGCCCUGGACGGUGGCCCCCAGCAGUCAGCAUGUGGCUGCCGCGCGUCUCCAGCACAGCAGUGACCGCGCUCCUCCUGGCGCAGACCUUCCUCCUCCUCUUUCUGGUUUCCCGGCCAGGGCCCUCGUCCCCAGCAGGCGGCGAGGCGCGCGUGCAUGUGCUGGUGCUGUCCUCGUGGCGCUCGGGCUCGUCCUUCGUGGGCCAACUCUUCAACCAGCACCCCGACGUCUUCUACCUAAUGGAGCCCGCGUGGCACGUGUGGACCACCCUGUCGCAGGGCAGCGCCGCAACGCUGCACAUGGCUGUGCGCGACCUGGUGCGCUCCGUCUUCCUGUGCGACAUGGACGUGUUUGAUGCCUAUCUGCCUUGGCGCCGCAACCUGUCCGACCUCUUCCAGUGGGCCGUGAGCCGUGCACUGUGCUCGCCACCCGCCUGCAGUGCCUUUCCCCGAGGCGCCAUCAGCAGCGAGGCCGUGUGCAAGCCACUGUGCGCGCGGCAGCCCUUCAGCCUGGCCCGGGAGGCCUGCCGCUCCUACAGCCACGUGGUGCUCAAGGAGGUGCGCUUCUUCAACCUGCAGGUGCUCUACCCGCUGCUCAGCGACCCCGCGCUCAACCUACGCAUCGUGCACCUGGUGCGCGACCCGCGGGCCGUGCUGCGCUCCCGGGAGCAGACAGCCAAGGCUCUGGCGCGUGACAACGGCAUCGUGCUGGGCACCAACGGCACGUGGGUGGAGGCCGAUCCCGGCCUGCGCGUGGUGCGCGAGGUGUGCCGGAGCCACGUACGCAUCGCCGAGGCCGCCACACUCAAGCCGCCACCCUUUCUGCGCGGCCGCUACCGCCUGGUGCGCUUCGAGGACCUGGCGCGGGAGCCGCUGGCAGAAAUCCGUGCGCUCUACGCCUUCACUGGGCUCAGUCUCACGCCACAGCUCGAGGCCUGGAUCCAUAACAUCACCCACGGAUCUGGACCUGGUGCGCGCCGCGAAGCCUUCAAGACUUCGUCCAGGAAUGCGCUCAACGUCUCCCAGGCCUGGCGCCAUGCGCUGCCCUUUGCCAAGAUCCGCCGCGUGCAAGAACUGUGCGCUGGUGCGCUGCAGCUGCUGGGCUACCGGCCUGUGUACUCUGAGGACGAGCAGCGCAACCUCGCCCUUGAUCUGGUGCUGCCACGAGGCCUGAACGGCUUCACUUGGGCAUCAUCCACCGCCUCGCACCCCCGAAAUUAGUGGAGGCCAUAGUUGUAGCAGGCGCUAGGCCCGGGAGGAGAGUGCAUGGUGCAGAGGGGGCUGGGGCGCACGGAGAAGCAGGUCCCUAUAUUGACCAAGGAGUUUGUGGUACGACCCCCCCAACUCCCCAAGUAGGCAAGGACUGCACGUUUCUUUCUCUCUUGAUUCUUGGUUUUCCUUUGAGUCCUCUGGAGCUGCCUUCUCAUCAGGUGCACUCUUCAUGGAAAGCAACUCUUGCCCCUGCCUCCUCUGGGCACAGGGUGUGCGUUCAGAUGACUUGGCUCCUACUCAAGGGCUUUCUUCCCCUUUAACUCUCUCCUUCUGGUGACACAUCCUGCAGCAGCUGAGGGGGUGCCCUGGCACUGGCUGGGAGUGGAGAGGCACUGUGGUGAAAUGGCUCCAGAGGUCUGUACAUCACAUACAUAUGCACACAGGCACACAUGGCAAAACUCGGAAGUGAAAGGACUUGUCUGAAAUCACAUGGUGAGAAGGAGGAUGAAGGGAGGAGAGAGCUUUUGCUCUGGGUCUCCAGUGGGUAGGAGAGGACCUGCCUCCUGGGUGAGAAGGGUCAGAUUUUCCUAUUUUAAUUGCUUUAGGGAAGAGCAAGCAGAGUCAUGACCAGGGACACAGCUGAGAGAUAGAGGAGGCUGUGAAUGCUGAGACCAGAGCUUAUCAUCCUGGACAAGCCUGGAAGGAGGCAAUAAGUGGGAAAGGUAGGAGGAGAGAAGGCUGGGCAGCAAGCCAGGCACAGUGAGUGGCAGAGCAAGAGGGGGAAAGCAGGAUCAGUGCCUGGAAGGCAGGUGUGCCCAUCAGGGGGGAGUGGAACUCAUCAGGCUUGCCAAGAGGUUGGAAGGGAAAUGGCUCUGGGCUGGAACUGUCUUCCCUUGGUCCUUCUGGUCCAGGCCUUGGAGGAAAGCAGAGGAUGAUCCCUGCCUGUGAGCCACACCUCCUAGCUCUGGGGGCAAAGGGGCUUAGUAAAGGAAUGCUGGAUGUGUAGAGGGUUUAGUCCCGAGCUCAGGAAAUGACAGCCUGUAAGUGCCCAGUACAUGUUUAAAAGAAGAGCUCAUGGAACCUCUGGAAAGGACAGAGAAGUUGAGUUAGCCACAUAAAUGAACCCAAGUCACAUUGGAACACAGAGCUGGUCUGGGAACUGUGUUGGCUGCCAACAGAACUUCUGACCCUGUUACCUGUGAAAUGAGGCAGUUUCCCUCACGUUGCCAUCAGCUACCAGGAGGGAUGCUGGUGGUCACUAGCUUCUGAUCCUCAUCCUGGGUGUGGCCACAGAUUGGGGGAACCUGGAUUGUGGAGUCACAUCCUCCCUGCAAAGCAAGCAGGGCAAGGGAGAUCUGGCAUUUUCUGCUUUACGUGGAGGGAGAACAGGCACAUUAGCCUUGAAGCUGAAGCUCAUUUUAGGUUCCUUCCAGGUUUAGAAGCUUCAACCAAAUGAAACUUGAAUCUGUCCCUCAUGACAAUAAUAGGAGGAAGGUAUUUAAAACCCCAGAUUUAUGAAUGUGUACUACGUGGCUUAGAGAAUGUCUUUGUUCUUGUUCAGGUGGUUAUAACAAAAUACCUUAAGAGUGGGUAACUUGGCUGGAUGCAGUGGCUCAUGCCUGUAAUCCCAGCACUGUGGGAGGCUGAGGGGGAUGAAUCACCUGAGAUCAGGCAUUCAAGAACAGCCUGGCCAACAUGGCGAAGCCCCUCCUCUACUAAAAAUACAAAAUUAGCGAGGCAUGGUGGCACAUACCUGUAAUCCCAGCUCCUCGGGAAGCUGAGGCAGGAGAAUCACUUGAACCCAGGAGGUGGAGGUUGCAGUGAGCCAAGAUCAAGCCAUUGCACUCCAGCCUGGGUGACAGAGCAAGACUCCAUCUCAAAAAAAAAAAAGACUGGGUAACUUAUAAACAAAUGUUUUUCUCAUGAGUCUGGAGACUGGGAAGUCCAAGAUCAAGCCACCCGUGUUGUCUGAUGAGGGCCCACUUUUUCACAGACAGUGCCUUCUAGCUGUGUCCUCUUAUGGUAGAAGAUGGGAGACAGCUCUCCAGGGCCAUUUUUUUUUUUUUUUUUUUUUUUUUGAGAUGGUGUCUGGCUCUGUCACCCAGGCUGGAGUGCAGUGGCACAAUCUCGGCUCACUGCAACCUCUGCCUCUCUCUGCCUCCUGAGUUCAAGCAAUUCUCCUGCCUCAGCCUCCUGAGGAGCUGGGACUACAGGGAUGCACCACCAUGCCCAGCUAAUUUUUGUAUUUUUGUAGACACUGGGUUUCACCAUAUUGGCCAGGUUGGUCUCAAACUCCUGACCUCAAGUGAUCUGCCCACCUCAGCCUCCCAAAAUGGAGUCUGUUUCUCCACCUCUGAAUCCAGGCUGGUCCUGUGACUUGCUUUGUCCUGUAGACGAGUGUAGUGCAACUUCCUGUGAGCCAGUUUGAAGCAUAGGCCUUGGAAGCAAAACUUUACCUCCACCUGUCUGAGGUUUUCAGCUGGGGCUCUGCUGUGAUUUGAUUGUGUCUCCCAAAGUUGGAACCUUGAUCCCCAGUGUUGUGAGGUGGGGCUUGAUGAAAAGUAAAUUAGGCCAUGCGGGUUAUGCCCUUGUGAAUGGGUAGAUAACAUUAUUUCUGGGCCCAGGCAUGGUAGCUCAUGUCUGUAAUCCCAGCAUUUUGGGAGGUUCAGGUGUGUGGAUUACUUGAGGUCAGGAGUUUGAGACCAGCCUGGCCAACAAGGUAAAACACCAUUUCUAGUCAAAAUACAAAAAUUAGCCAGGUGUGGUGGCCCAUGCCUGUAAUGCCAGCUACUUGGGAGGCUGAGACAGGAGAAUCGCUUGAACCCAGGAGGCAGAGAUUGCAGUGAGCUGAGAUCACACCACUGUACUCCAGCCUGGGCAACAAAGCGAGACUCUGUCUUAAAAAAAAAACCACCAUUAUUUCAGGAGUGAGUUGGUUAUCCUGAGAGUGGUGCCUUUUAAAUGAAGGAGUUCAUUCUUUGUCUUUCUCUCGCCCUCACUUUGCCCUUCUGCCAUAUGAUGCCUUCCAUCAUGCUAGGACACAGCAAGAAGGCUCUCGCUAGAUGCUGGCUCCUUGAUCCUGGGCUUCCCAGCCUCCAGAACUGUAAGCCAAUACACUUCUAUUUAUUAUAUAUGACCCUUGCUGGGUUCAGUGGCUCAUGCCUGUAAUCCCAAUACUGUGCAAGGCUGAGGCAGGAGGAUCACUUGAGACCAGGCACUCAAGACCAGCCUGGGCAACAUAGUGAGACCCCAUCUCUACAAAGUUAAAAAAAAAUUAGCAGGGCAUGGUGUCGUGCACCUGUAGUCCUAGCUACUUGGGAGGCUGAGUUGGGAGGACUGCUUGACCCCAGGAGGUUGAGGCUACAUUGAACCAUGAUCAUGCCAGUGCACUCCAGCCUGAGUGACAGAGCAAGACACCUAUCUCUAAAUAAAUGACCCCAUCUGUGGUAUUGUUAUAGCAAAACAAAACAGAUUAAGAGAGACUUUUUAAUGAAAAGACAGAUUCACAAAGAAAAACAAUGUUUUUGUUUCUGUUUUUUUGAGGCAGAGUCUUGCUCUUGUCCCCCAGGCUGGAGUGCAGUGGCGCCAUCUUGGCUCACUGCAACCUCCGCCUCCCAGUUUCAAGUGAUUCUCCUGCCUCAGCCUCCCAAGUAGCUGGGAUUACAGGGGUACACCACCAAGCCCAGCUAAUUUUUUUUGUAUUUUUAGUAGAGAUGGGGUUUCACCAUGUCGAUCAGGCUGGGCUGGAACUCCUGACCUCAGGUGAUCCACCUGCCUUGGCCUCCCAAAGUGCUAGGAUUACAGGCAUGAGCCACUGUACCCGGCGAAAAACAGUUUGUUAACACAGGCAGCCAACAUCACUCAGGAUAAGCCUCAACGAAAAGUAACAAAGUGAUGGCUUGGAACACUGUCUUACACAGCAUUUUUAAAAAAGACAAUAAAUUUGUAGAGAUAGGAUGACCAAGGACAACAGUUUUAGGCUUCCAAAGGUGGUAAACUACGGGAUGGUAAAUAUCCGAGAGGAAGCUGAUGCAACAGGAUUUGUCUGCAGCAGCCUCUGGUACCACCUCUGAGUUAAGGGUUGUCUCCAGUGAUGGAGAGUUUAUAUCGUGCCUUUAGGCAGAAAAGGGGAGGGAAACCUGAACUUUUCCUGCACGUUCUGCUUCUUAAUUGCCUUCAGCUGAAAAUCAUUUUUAUGUGAAAAAGGCAUAGUCUGAGCUGACGCCUCUGCUUUCCUCCACCUGAAGAGAACCUGCGUGCUGCUCCUUUGCUUUGGACCUCCGCCUCUGCCCGAGAGAAAGCCCAGGCCAGCCUGCUGGACAAGCGGAGACCAUGAGAAGGAGAGUUCAGGGGUCCCAAUCCAGGCCAUCCUAGACCAGCCAGCUCCAGCUGAUCCGCACGCAGCCACUUCGGCUACCUUCUACUGGCCAAAGGGAGUCCCAGGGCUCACCCAGAUUCAGAGGUGGGGAAACUGAGUCCACCACUUGAGAAGAGUAGCUAUAAAGACAUAUGAGCGAGACCAGCUGAGCCCAGCACUGCGGCCAAGUCGAAGACUUUAGGAGCAAUAAAAGUGCUUAUUGUGUUUCAGUCA